AUGGAGGCGGUGCACCAAGACCAGGCCCUUUACCAGGCAUCAAGGAGACGUAGACGUAGAUGUCUACCAUUAUUGGCUGUGUGCUGUUGCGGCCUGCUCGGUUUAACAUUAGCAGGCGUAAUCGUGAUUGCCCUCAUUCCCUUGUAUUUGUCAAGACAUGAUAUUAAUGGCAGCCAACGAGAAAGUGGUAUUAUUCAAAUAAUUUACAAUCUGCCCUCAUCCGAUAGCGUGGUUAUUAGUGGGCAAGUACCACAAUCAAGAUAUGAAAUGUUGCAAAAUAUGCUGCAACAACAGUUGGAUAAUGCAACACGCGGCAGUCGAGCACAGCAAACACAAGUUGAAGUGGUCAACGUAGUUGUAAGACAACCACAAAGCAUCGGAAACAAGGUGAGCGAGUCUUAUAGGUAUCCUAUAUUAUUUUGUGAGUAGAUUUUCAAUUAAAAUUAUUGUUUUUAGAGCUUUAUGUCUAAAAGAUUAUUUUUUAUUUGCAGAUAUCUUAUUGUGAAAUCCUAUACUUACGCCUAUGCUCUCUAUAUUACAAUUUAUCCGUAACGCUAUAUCUAUCUCACUUGAUGAUCUUUAUGUUUUUGUAAUGAACUAAGAGUAAUUAUCACCGUCAGUUCUCAUAAGUACUAACCGAAGCAAAGAAAAACCGAAUCGCUCGUUUUUUUCCAGUUGCAGAGGUCUUAGUCGAGAAUACACUUUUUACGUUUUAGCAUCGUAUGAGAAACAAUCAUUUCCUUUAAAAAGCUUUGCCAUCAGAGACUAACGCCGUAUUCAUACCAAGAGUCGAAAACUGCAUCCAGUGAUGUGUCACUCGAACUUUAGGAAAAGCUCUGCUUUCGUCUAAAAAAAUGCCUUUCGUCCCCUCUCAUGUGUUUAGUGAGUAAAACGCCUGUAGCUUCUAUUUUACAAGGGGGAAAAAGCACCACUUCAACUCCCCGAGUCCCUGCGAACUUAAAAAUCCCAAAUUUCUCUUUUCAUACCCCUAUACAGUAACUACUUGACUUCAUGGUGACGCGAAGAUAUCCAAAAAAUGUUUGUGCUCCUUGUGCAGACAGGACAUUUCGAAAAUAGGCCUGAAAUCCAAAAACGAUGACCAAUCAUUGACUAUGUGGCACACAUGGCGAUACAUAUGACUGGAGCUAUCGGUAGUCAGGGCAUCAACUUAAAUAAUAACGCUAACCGGACCUUGUCUAGUUUUGAAAACUUCAUAGCUCAGUAACUAUAUAUUAUGUUUUCAAUCGCCAAAUGUCAUGGUGCUCAGAAAUGUUAGAAUAAAAAUAAUUAACAGAGAAACAUAAAAUUUGAAACAGAGAAAUUCAUACAAAUUCAUAGUUUUUAUUCGUGUUUUUAAGCACCAUUACUUUGGCUUCACUUUUAACGUAGAGCCUAAAGAUGGACAUUGUUUCCUUCGCUUUUUUCCAUUCUUUUGCAUUUAUCUUGAUAAGAUACGCUUUUUCGUACAUUGUAUUUUGAAACGGAUAGUAGUUUGAACCGUCUGAUUAGCUCAUAAAAGGACCAACUUGUGAUUGGUACGAACACUUAAAAGACAAUACCUACAUAAGGACCACCUCUUAUUUGUGAAAGAACAUGUCGAGGUGUACUAUGAGAGAAUUCUUGUCGUACAUCCUGAACUGAAUGGUAGGAGCCAAAAAUGGAAAAUGAACGUUUAAAACUUUUCUUUAUAUUUAGUGCUGUCAGUGUGCGAUGAAAACUUAUUUUUAUCUUAUAUAAAAAUGAAGCUCGCUCUAUGCUGAUUAGAAUAACGAAGAAACCAUCUCCGUAUGCCUUUUCGUUUUUAAAUGAGAGCCAUUAAGUGAAGUCUUUUCUCAAUUCAUAUGUAAACCAAGACGGAUCAAAGUUUUUUCUGACAUUAUAGUGCAUACCUAGAACCUUAAGAAAUAAUGGGCACGCUUUUGUUAUUUCUUCCUUCAUGACUUUUCUCGGUCUUAAAGUUGGGAAAUAUUCACUUAUAUUUUCGGUUUUUCAGUGUUUUCUUGUCUGAUUUGGUAUAUGAAGUAUGCGAAUUAAUUACUGUUGAUGAUCUGAUUUAUUUAAUACUGGUUUAUUCAAUAAACAACUUGACGUUUAAGACAGGAGAAAAGUUCAAGCUACCAAGUAUGGCAGUUUGUGACAGGUUGAAACAAAAAUGACAUUUAACAUAAACGAAAGGUGGCGGCCUGAGGCUAGAUAAUUUUUACAUCGAUACUUUAUAACUUUUUGUUUUGAUUUCGAGAACGGUUUUGAUUUUCUAUUGAGAUUAUUUUAAAUCUAAGUAUAGUAUAUUUUAUCUCGGAAAUUUCGGUGGUGUUUGAGACAGCUUACACGUCUGAAACAAUUCGAAAGUUCAUUUAUUAAAUAUGAUUAAAGCGCCGACAUUUCGGUACAACGAUAGCUGAAGUUCAAAGGCGCCGCUGCGGGUGAGUGUGAGUAUCGAUGAAGAUUAAACAAACAGUGAUUACAGUUGGAUAUGAGUAAUAUAGACAAAGCUCUCACACUGUACGAAGUUUGUUUAACGAAAAUUUUAUCGUUAUACAUAAUACUGUAACAAAUGCACUCUUACUGAAUGCUUUUGUCGUACAUGCGCCCAAGUGUCGUUGCACCCAAAUGUCGGCGACUAAACGUCUGGUAUUCCACUCAAUUUUUAAGUUCAAGAAAGCUGUAGAAAUAAUAAAGAGCAGCUAUCUUUAAAUUCGUUAUUCAAUUUUUGUUGAAACGUGGAAGCUCGACGUUUCCUCACCCUGAUUCAGAAUGAGAAUUGAUUGAGAAUUCACUCCUGAUUGUCUAGGAAAUAGUAUUACUUUUUUGUGCAUUUUUCAAACGUUUUUUCAUGAUUAUUUCUGUGGCAAUUAUACGAGAAAUUACGAAUCAGGUAUCUCAAUGUUAAAACGUUUUGAUAAACUUAGAAGUGAUAGUACUAGAACACCAUACAUUUAGAAGAGUACUCGAGAAAAAGACUUAAACGAUCCUUUUCAGAUCGAAGUUAUAAAUGCUAGUAGGAAUAUAUGUGUUUUAUCAGUGAGCUAAGGUUUAACCAAAGAUUACUUCUUCACGCACAAGAGAUUAGGCAAAAAGUGCGAACAUCAUCGGUGUUUUGAGCGUAUAACAGACACAUUUCAGCAUGAAAAUCAAAUUUCCAAAAAUUUCAGCAUUUAUCGCUAACUUUAACUAAGCUCUUUUUUAGAUAGAGGUUAAGGAUUCGUAAUAUAGAUCGUUCUUUCCAUGCAAUGGCUCUGAAGUCGUAGCCAGCUGUUUGCGAGACGCAAUAGAAAAUGUUACCAAAUGACAAAAUCAGGCUGGUAAGGGUUGAGCGAAGACCAAAAGGAUAUCAGGUGCCUAUGUGGAGGAAUGCGCCUUCUAUACAUCGCCACGAUGUAGUCAUCUACAAAAAUUUGACUUUUAUCGAAUCCUUUGCAGUAUGAAAGUCGCAGUUUCUUUUGUGUCUGAAUAGAAGAAAGUCUAACGAAUCUAACAUUAUUUGUUGCAGUUCUAUUUAAAGAACGGAAAAAAAAUUCUCGUGGUCAAAAUCAAAUCAAAUCAAAGAUCAAAUUCUGUUUUCAUGCCUCUCCUCAUUCCCUACUCAAACUAACAAAUAGAGGUAUUAACCCUUUGGCUUCCGGUGACGUAUAAAUACGUCUAGUUGCAUUUAUUGCAUGAUCAUAAUAGCUAGAAUAAAUUUGAAAAAAGAUUUGAAUAGCUGGAAGAAUUUCCGAU